UUAUCGUAAUAAUUAGAUUUUUGGACAAUGAUGCAAUUUAUAAGUCAUUUAUCAUGAGCUAAUUACAAUACCCUUUGUGUACCCUAAAUUUUAAAGAAAUUGUAAUUAAACUAAAGUGUCCCAUGUAAAUUACUUUUACUAUAAAAACUGAACGUUAUUGUUAGCAUUUAACAUUAUAGUUAUAACGGACGAAGAAGCGUCAUCCCUUCUCAGUGACUAUCAAGAAUCAGUGAAAAAUGACAAAAAUUGGGAUAUUUUUAGUUUUACUACAGUACUACUUACGUUUUGGUGUUAAUGGAAAAUUUUUCCAUACAAGACCAUGUGAAGCCAAGAGUCCGGGUUGUCUCGCCAAGCACAUCCAAGCUGCUAUGCCGGCAUUUACCAGAGGCUAUGAUUAUGGGCUAAACCCUCUGGAUCCCUACCCGAUGAACAACUUCGAGGUUUUGCUGGCUGGAGGGCUACUGAUGCGGAUCAAUGAGGGACAGGCAAGAGGCUUGAGGAAGUGUACCGUUGACUUUGCGAGGAUGGUGGACGAUACCUUAGAAACACAGUUUCACUGCAACAUAAGCUUCAGAGGGAAAUACAAAUCAACUGGCCAUCUGCUCAUGUUUUCCUUCAACGGAGACGGAGACGCCAAAGUCAAAUGCAUGAACCUCAAAAUCCACAACAUCAUGAAACUGGGCACCAGAGAAGACCCUAGCGGCCGUAAGUUCUUCGUGAUGAAGAACAGUACCACCACACACAGUUACGAAGGACGCGUCUCCUACAGCUUAACCAACCUGCUCAAGGGAAAUCCAUUAGCUGGUAAGGCAGUUCUUCAGUUCAUGAAUGACAAUUGGCGCAUAGUUGCUGAAGAAUUCGGAGAUCCCUUCGUUCAAUACGGUGUGUCCAUGUUCAUUGCUAAUGUAGAAAGGUUGUUCGAUGUGGUUCCCCAAGACCGUUUGGUAAAUGCUGACUUCUAGAUUUUUAAGUAGAAUUUACUUCUUUAGAAUUUAUAGAUGAAUAAAAUUAUG